ACAGUGUGAGGAGACGAAUGAAUCGGUCGCGCGAAAACGGUUAGGAACGAUAUUGAAGUUGACAUAUUCGUGUAUGCGCGCUCGGCCUUCCCUUCGCCAGGUAUGCCAACAGUCGCGGGUGCUUUCCGAGGUCUAACCUCUAACCUGUACAUUGAUAUCAGAAUGUAUGUCCACGUUAUAGAGACGGGGUCUCGAAAAAUCGUGGGAGCAUCUACUCUUGGCUUGUCUUCUGCUUUAAUUUUUAACCUCAUUCUUAAGAUUAUGUAGCAAAUUCCUUUCGGAAUUUAGAAAGGAAAUCUAGGUUAGGUUCUACCUCAACUACCUAUUGGUUGCGUUCAGCAGACAGGAAGACGGGUUGAAUGAGCGCUCGCUGCCAUUGAUAUUUUCUUCUAAAUUUCAGUGGUUCUAAAGGUCUACUCCAAUCACAAGCAACAUUUAUUGAACGCUCACUCAAUCGUUGUCUUCUGAACGCAACUUUCAACUUUUAAGUUCGAGAGAUUGUCGCGAUAGACUCGAUUCACCCGAUAUACGCGAGUUUGGUGACCCUACGCGACAAAACGCGAGUUACGCGAGUGCGAGAGAUUGGUAGGGAUGGUGGACACUGAUCGAGGGAGAAGGAACACGAAGAGAUAACUUUGAUUCUAUUUUUAACGUUUGUUGCGGCGUUUCCCAAAUGAGUACCGUCGAGUAUGGCUUUCCGAUGAUAGGCGGAUUGAUGCCGCAAAUACAAGCUCUCAUAGCACCACCGAUAUCUGACGACUCGAAGACGGCAAAGGCGAGGAAGGAGAAGGAGGAAAAGAAGCAUCCAUACUUCAAGAGACGAGGUCGUGGUCAUAAUCGUGAUUUUUGCGAUGCCUGUAAAGAUGGUGGAGAACUCAUAUGCUGCGACAAAUGUCCGGCUUCCUAUCACUUGCAGUGCCACUAUCCUGCAGUGGAUCCAACAGAUAUUCCUAAUGGAGAAUGGUUGUGCUAUGCCUGUCGCUGUGCCUCUAAAAGAGAAGAACUCUUGGAUGAGAAGGGAAAUGAGAAGAAAAAAAGAUCUGCUCUGGAGGUAUUAACAUUGGCGGCUGCUCUGGUAAAUCCCAGAGAGUUUGAAUUGCCCAAGGAGUUACAAUUGCCUAUAAUGUUCCCUGGAAGCAAUAAAGCAGAUUAUGUAUCUGGUAGAAGAGGUAAACUGUUGAGCUCGUCGUACAAUAAUGUUGGAAAAAGUCAUUGCUUAGAUAGCAACUUAAUGGUUCCAUUGCCAGCUCGUUUAUGCUUUGAAUGUGGACGUAGUUGCAGAAAGGCGCCAUUAAUCGCGUGUGACUAUUGCCCGUUAUAUUUUCAUCAAGACUGCUUGGAUCCACCGCUGACUGCCUUUCCUAUUGGUAGAUGGAUGUGCCCUAAUCAUCCAAAUCAUUUCAUAGAUCAAAAUCUGUUGACUUCUUGUAGAGUGACGGAACGCAUAAAACUGUGGGACAAGUAUGCCAAUCAACAAAUAGAUCAGCAUGCGGUAAAACUAGAUUUCUUGCGUAAAGCACGUGCUGCCAAUCCCCUAUUUCGCACGAAGGUGAGAUUGGAAGGUCGUCCGAGAGUAAAAGUUCCUUGCAGCGUGAAAUUCCAUUAUGAGAAUCCGCUGCACUUAGAUCCAGUACAUUCUUAUCAAGAUAGUUUGAUAUGGCCUGUAAGAAAUACUACAGACGAAGAAGAGCAUCACACAAAUGAAAAAACAAUCGAAAAAUCAGAUAACAAAGAUAAUUGUGUAGAAAAUAAAAAAAUUGAAGAAAAUGAUAAAAUAAGAACGAAAAGAGAGAAAUCCGACACUACUACAGAUGAGGGAAAUGAUCAACAGAAAGUGUUAGAUGUGAGUGAACAUAUGAAUAAAAAAAUAGAAAGUGAAACUGCAACAGAGACUAAUUCUAAUGAAUGUAAUAAUUUCGAAUUUCAUACGAGCAACUAUGGUAAUAAAAUUAAGGAAGGCAUCCAGUUGUUAGAAAGACCAGUAUUGGAGGCAUUAGCGCAACAGAGACUAGAGCAAAUAUUAAAUCCAGACGAGGAAGAUUAUAAAGCAAUAAAUUGUCAUAGAAGAGCAAGAGCAGCAUUAUUUUCUUUAAGCCCCAAGCCUAAUCCACCAGCGUUCAUGACUCGUAGAACUUUCGUUAUCGGUAAUGGCCCGAAUUGCGACUUAGUUUUAUCCAAUUAUGGUAGCUGUGGAUUCACAUCUUCCAAACACGCUGUUAUAUUUUUUGACGAGGUGACCAGGCAUUACGAAUUACUUAAUUACAGCGAAUACGGAACGGUUGUCGAUCAUGUGCUGUAUUCUUGCGAUUGCACGCGUGUUUUAAAUGAACAAAUAAAAGAGGAAAAGACUGAUAAAACAAUAUACAUCACUAAGGAGGAAGAGACUUCCGAUAUAAUAAAAGCAAUUCUACAUAAGGAAGAAACGGCUUGCUUGGAAGAAUAUGCGCACACGGAUGAUAAAGUCUUAUGCAAAUGCAAUAUAAAACGCGAUACGAGAAUUAAUAAGCAUCCGGAGGAAGGAUGGGAAGGAAGCGCGAUUAUUUCGCACGGCUCGACCAUUAGCUUUGGAUGUCUCAUGUUUGUAUUUAACACAUUAGAUAUGUAUGUUGAUAGAUGAAAGUAUAAUACGUAGACUCAGUAUAAUAUGAAAUAUUGUAUAAAGGAAAUUUUAUAAAAAUUAA